AGUAAACCUUCACGCCCAGCUUGGAGUCGUCGGGUCGCAAACACCGAUUCCGUAUUUCCUAAUUGGGGUAUCCAAGCGAGCAUCCCGGUCGUCCCGGCGCGUUUCCUCAACGACGCCGGUUUAUACUGUGUGCUUUAGUAGCUUCAGUGUACGUCGCAGGUGGAAUUGUUCCAAAGCUUUGAUACGAUGGAGGAAGAAGACGAUGAUUUCUACGCUCCUCAGGAGACUACUCCUGAUAUUUCCUCGUUGCAGCAGCGCCCUCAGCAGACUCAGAAUGGACCGAAUGGAGCUCCCGUGAGCAAUCAAGUAAAGCAGGAGGAUGUAGAAGAAGAUGAAGACGAGGAAGAGGACGAAGAGGAGGAGGAAAGCGACUCUGACAUCGAUAUCAUUACGGAGCACAAAGAUGGAACAAUGCCUGAGCCGCCUCCUCAACCAUCGAGAUACAGCUCCAUCAAGAAUAUUCCCACUCGAACAGCUUCCUCCGAUGCUACGGUCAAAGCACAAACACCAAUUAAAAGGGAGACUACCCCGGCCAAAGGAACACCUCCAAAGUCUGGAGCAGAGUACCCUGCUGUCGCGACUUCUACUCUCGACGUCGAUGCGAUUCCCAUAUACGGCUCCUCGGAAAAGAAACUCACGGAUAUUGACAUUGAUGAAGAUUUGGCCGAACUUGACAAACCGUGGCGGCGCCCUGGAUCUGAUAUUUCGGAUUAUUUUAACUACGGAUUUGACGAAUUUACUUGGGCAACGUAUUGCUUGAAACAAAAGUCGUUACGCAAGGAAGUGCAAGACCAAAGGAAGCAGAUGGAUGACAUGCAAAUGAUGCUCGGCAUGCCUGCUGGAAUGCCUGGUCUUCCCGGAAUGCCGUCAAUGCCUGGCGCGCCAGCAGCACCGAUGCCCAUGCCUCCAAUGCCUGGCAUGCCGGACAUGCCACCUGAAAUGAUGCAACAAAUGGCGCAAUUCAUGGCUGCUGGCAUGGAUCCCACGCAGAUGGAUCCCAGUAUGUUCAUGCAGCAACCGACGCCACAGAUGCCUCAGGGCCCUCCAACCCAAGGUGGCCCUGGUGGUCAGCCACCGGGUUUUGGAGCUGGCAACCAGGGUUUUGGCCAGCCCAACCAGCAGCAGAUGGGAUUCGGUUUCAACCCGAUGAUGGGUGGAGACGCAAAUGCCAAUCGCGGAAACUUCAAUGCCCGAAAUAGGGGAGCUCCGCGUCGUAACUGGUAAAAUUAUUGUUGUACCUCGGAUUUCUUUUAGGGUUCUUGAGCAAUUUUCGGGCUUGCAUAUCAGUGGCGUUAUUUGCUGGAUUGGCGGGAAUCUGUAGGGGUC